AUGGACUACACGCGAUGUGCAGCUCUACACAACUACCUGAUCCAAUAUGCCUGGCUCGCUGAAGGCCGCCCACUGGAAACUCUGGAUGCCAACAGCAACUUUUUCACGGGCUCCGGUGAUGAAGAUGAAGCCGAGGCUUGUCGUCCAAGGCUUCAUCCGUCACUGGCGGCGUUCCUUGAGACCGCUAUCAUGCCCCCUUUUCCUUUUGAUAAUCCUCACGAAUACAUCCCGUUCUCAGUUUUUGCAUGGGGUAUCGAUGGGCCAUCAAGGCUUUUUGAGGAAGAUACAGCUGAUCUUCAAGAUCAGCCCGUUGACAGCCUGGUGCGCUUGUACGCUGUCGAAGGGGGCUUAUCGGCUGUGGACAGUGAUGGCGGAAUUAUCUACCACCAAGGCCUCCACCGAGUCGCGAGCUUCAUGCAUCUUGAUGAAUAUGACAUUGGGUUUCCAGUGGAGGGUAGUAAAAACGUUUGGAACCCGCUAGAGACACUACUCACCAACUGGAUCGACCUUAUUCAUAUUGGAAAAGUUGUGGCUUCGCCUCAUAAAGAGCCAGCCCUGUUCGGCUGCGAGAAGGUCGGGCCCUGGGAGUGGCGGCCUUAUAGCGACGCCCAGGUUACUACGUGUGUCGCCGAGUGGGAUCGGCUGUGUCAGGCCAUUGCGGCGCGCAUCUCGCAGCCGUCAAACCCACCACUGACCGGGACUGAUGCGGAUAAUUCAGAGCCGCUGGUUGCAUCAAGUGUCCUGGACGCUGCUUCGGUGCCCAAUUCUUCCUUUGCGCGUUCGUUUCUGACGCGCGCGAGGCGGCCUCAGUUCCGCUACAUCGCUCCGGGCCUUCUUCUGCCCCCGGCUGACUCGGCUGGAUUUGUGGCAGCGCAGCCAUUUAGCGUCUUACCCCGCUCCGAGUACACCGCACCGCCAGUGUGUCUUUUCCCGGCUGAUACAGGAGACCAGCGUCCUAUUCAGCUUACGAGAACAACAUCUCCAUUAUUACAGUCGGACUUCUAUUCAACGUCCACCGAAACGUGUACCCCAUCUCGCGUCUCUGCAGGCCUGUAUACUGAGGCAGUGGAGAGAAACGGCCUUGAUGUGGCGGAGGAGGGAUUUCGGCUGUUGCUUCCGUUCACCUUCAAUGAUGAUUGGGACAAGAGCGUGGGCGCACGAAAAAGCGAUGGGUCCCUUGUUGAUAGGGGACGCUUUUCAGAGCUCUUUCAGCAUGGAUAUAAGCCUUUUGGUGGUGAUUACUACCGCUCCCAGCGCCUGGAGCGUUUGUUGGGUUGUUGGCGUAAGCUGGUUGAAAGAGGCGUCUGGUCUGUUGGGGCGGAUGGGGUGGAAGGUACUAUUGAUACUUUCAAAGAUGCUGAGUCCGACCGUUGGGAGGAUUAUUAUAUUCCACCCACAUGGUAG